UAUAAAAGGGUAUGUAAUAAUGUGUGGACUCUGCAGUUCAUCACUCAAGAUAAGAACAUAAAAUUUAAACUUGCAAUGGCGAAAAGCAGCUUUGUUCUUCGAAUGAAUGGUGGAGACGAUUCACUCAGCUACGCCAGCAACUCUGGCCUUCAGAAAUUUGCGAUGUCAAAAUUGCGGCAUGUGCUAGAUGAAACUAUCGAAGAAAUGAUGGUUAAAAAUGGAUCGAUCGAAACAUUCAGGAUUGUAGACUUAGGCUGUUCAUCGGGGCCAAACACUUUUAUAGCAAUGUCUCUUAUAAUAAAAACCCUAAAAAGCCUACAUAGAGACGAGAGCUAUCCUCAAUAUGAGAUUUAUUUGAACGAUCUUCCAAGCAAUGACUACAACAAUUUAUUCAAAAUGUUGCCCGAUUUCCAUCGUGGGAGGAAGGAUUGCUUCGUAUUCGCUCUUCCGGGAUCCUUUUAUGGACGAUUGCUACCUAGCAAUAGCCUUCAAUUUGGAUAUUCGUGUUACUGUCUUCAUUGGCUCUCACAGAUUCCUGAAGGGCUGGGGAUGAGUAACAAAGAAAACAUUUGCAUUGUAAGAACAAGUCCUCUAAAGGCAUUCGAAGCAUACGCAAAGCAAUAUGAAAGAGAUUUCUCGACGUUUUUAAAAUGCCGAGGAGAGGAAAUGAUGCCUAAUGGGCGUAUGGUUUUGGCAUUUGUCGGUAGAAAAAAUGUAGAUCACCGUUCUGAAGAAGAUGUGUCAGGAACUCUUAGAUUACUUGUAGAGACACUUUCUGACAUGGUGAAUGAGGGUCUCAUUAGUAAGGAAGAUUUGGAUUCCUUCAACAUGCCAAUAUACUAUCCAAGCCAAAAUGAAGUUAAGACAAUAAUUGAGCAAGAAGGGUCCUUCAACAUGGAUAAGAUGGAGGCUUUCGAGGUUCCAUGGGAUGCUAAUGGCUACAAGAACAAUGAUAAUGAGGCUUUUGAUGCGCACAAGAGUGGAAAAUCAACUGUAGAAUGUGUUCGUGCUUUUAUAGAGCCAAUGCUUACAUAUCAUUUCAGAAACACUUCCAUGGAUAUCGAUUACGUAUUCGAUAGGUAUGAACAAAAUGUGGUGGAACAUAUACAUGUCUCUAUGGGGACACCUUCCUAUCACACCUUGUUAUUGUCUUUGAAAAGAAAAUUUUAGAGGAAACAAUAUAGUAUUAUAGUAUCAAUUUCUCUUAAUUGAGUUUCAACCUAUCUAUGGUUAAUGAAUGUGGGAAAUGAAAACGAUAGUUCAUCUCCUAUUAUGUAAUACUCUCUCCGUCCACUUACUAUAUAUAUAUAUAUGUUUUGUUGUCCAAAUAUAAAUAUUUACUUUUUUAA